CUAUUUAACAGUGUCUCGCCGCCAAGCCAAGGCCCGAUCCUUCAGACAUUGGCCAGCAACCUUUAAUUCGGGCCUGCCCCUUGUGUUCUUGCGUUGAAAAUUGUCCUUGCCCUUUCCUGGUUUUCAACAUGGGUUUGAUCGGGAAGAUCGUCGGCGGCAUCUUGAGCAGAACAGUAGAUACGGCCACGACAUUGACUCAAGAGUUGACCAACGGAAAGUCGGUGUAUGGGACGUUAUUGGCACCCAUACUGCCGUUCUUUCUGCUUGAUAACCCUCUACCCCAUGGAUUCCCCUGGGGUAGUCGGACUGACUGGGGCCACAAUCCUUACCGGGACUUCCCUACAACCGGGGUCACCAGGAAUUAUGAUUUUACAAUCAGUCGAGGAAUGAUCGCACCGGACGGUUAUCAGAAAGACAUGUUGCUGGUGAACGGAGCCUUUCCUGGCCCUACGAUUGAGGCAAACUGGGGCGACAAGAUCGUCAUCACAGUUCACAACAACAUCACCGGACCGGAAGAGGGCACCGCCAUGCACUGGCAUGGCUUCCUGCAAACAGAGACGCCAUGGCAGGAUGGUGUGCCGGGUAUUACGCAAUGCCCCAUUGCCCCUGGGAAGAACUUCACCUACGAGAUCAAGGCCACUCUUUAUGGGACAUCCUGGUACCAUGCACACUACUCCGGUCAGUAUGCCGAUGGAGUUCUUGGUCCCAUCGUCAUUCAUGGUCCUUCGAAGCUUGAGUAUGCCAUUGACAUUGGUCCCAUCCUGUUGAGCGACUGGUACCAUGAUGAUUACUUGACCAUCGUGAAGAAGAUGCUGGCGCCCGGUGGCAGCCCCAUGGUCUACUCAGACAACACUAUGAUCAACGGGAAGAUGAACUUUGACUGUUCGACUGUCGCGUCCGGUGACAAGACUCCGUGCAAUAGCCAUGCCGGCAUCUCCAAAUUCAAGUUCCAGACCGGCAAGACCCACCGCUUGCGCCUGAUCAACACGGGCGCCGCGGGCGAUCAGCGCUUCUCGAUCGACGACCACGUUAUGACGGUCAUUGCCAACGACUUCGUCCCCGUAAAGCCGUACGACACGAAAGUGGUCACUCUCGGCAUCGGCCAGCGUGCCGAUGUACUCGUCAAGGCCAACGCGGGCGGCCCGAGGUCUUCCUUCUGGAUACGCUCGAACCAGACAGAAUGCUCACUUGCCAAGCAGCCUUAUGCUGUCGCCGCGCUCUACUACGACGGCGCCGACACGAACAAGUUGCCCACAAGCACCCCGUGGGAUGCCCCUGACCGGAACUCGUGUACGAACGACCCCCUGGAGAUCACAGAACCCAUGUUUCCGAUCCCCCUGCCCGACCCAAGCGUCACCAAGACCAUGGAUAUCGGGCUGUUCGUCAACGAGUCCGACGUAACUCUCUGGAGCUUCGACGGGCAAGACUUCCGGGCAAACUACAAUGCCCCGCCGCUCCUCCUUGCAAACAUGGGCAAUUUCAGCUACCCACCCGAGUGGAAUGUCAAAGACUUUGGCACCAAUACGUCCGUCCGAAUCGUCAUGAACAACAACAGCCCCGCACCCCACCCCAUGCACAUCCACGGGUACAACUUUUACGUGCUCCACGAGGGCGACGGCGCCUGGGACGGCACGGUGGUGAGGCCGCGGAACCCGCAGAGGCGGGACGUGGCGCUGCUGCGGCCGUACGGGCACCUCGUGGUGCAGUUCGACAACAACAACCCGGGCGUGUGGCCGUUCCACUGCCACACGGCGUGGCACGCGUCGGGCGGCUUCUUCGCCAGCUUCCUGGUCCAGCCCGAGCGCGUCACCCAGUACAGGAUACCCGGGACCGUCGCCCAGACGUGCCGCGACUGGGGCGCCUGGACGAACACCCAUAUCCCCGACCAGAUCGAUAGCGGGCAGUGAUGGUUUGAUAAGAACUAAACUGCCUUGGGACUAAUUUUGCCCCUCCGCCUGUCUGAGCUGCUCGCCCAGGUGUCCCCCCCAACAUCACCGAGUGGGAUCUGCUGUGCUAGCAAGAAGAGCACUAUAGAGUACAUGCAACUGCGUCGUUCCUUAUCCUAUCCACACCCUUUUGUCUCUUUACUUGGAGUAAUUUAUUAUUUUUCUUGGCGUGGAGCUUAGAAGAGCAACGUCUUGCUCGACUUUCGAGUUUUGUCGUCAGAGGCCUGCCGAAGGGGACGAGAACCGGGAGGUGUUAAUUGAGGCGGGUUUGGAAGUUUCCUUUGUCAAUAACUAGGCAGUAGUAUAAUCUUGUAGAGACAUAUUGUAUAAUAGAAAUUUCCUGGGUAUCUACCUUCUGUCUUGUAUCCUGACUGGGCUGGAGUAGUCCUUGAGUUUAUUGUGAUUUCCUCGUUGCUCUAGAGGUGGAUUUCAUGUGACUGAACUGUCUAUAUGUCUCAG